UUUGUUGCAGGUAAUUUGCUUGUUAUUAUCAUUAUCGCUGCAACCAAGCAUUUCCAUUCUAAUACAUCAAUAUUUCUCAUUAACUUGGCGGUGAGCGACUUCCUUGUGGGCAUUGGAGUGAUGCCUCUGGUCCUUAGCUCAGUCGUGAAUCACAAAUGGUUAAACCACCAGUAUUUAUGUAUGUACAUGGGAUCUGCAUUCGUGGUGUACUGCACAUCGUCCGUGUUGACCUUAGCUGCCAUUGCUAUGGAUAGAUAUCGUGCCAUUGUCAACUGCUUCCAGUAUAACGCCCAGUCUACAACGAGAAGAGCUGUUGGCACCGUCGUAUGGAUAUGGACUCAGGCAACAUUUUCCGGUUUCCCACCUUUUGUAGGAUGGGGGCAUUUUGAGUAUUUACCUGCAACAUUUAGCUGCUCUGUUAACUGGGCCCACAGCCCCAGCUACACUGGAUUCAUAAUGUCCUGCUCUUUUUUGGUGCCAUCAUGUACCAUGAUCUUCUGUUAUAUGCGUAUCGUACAGGUAGCAAGAGACCAUGCCAGACGAAUACAUAAUGUUGAAUGUCAACUAGAGAAGAAUGUGAAAGCAAAUGCUGAAUUUCUUGGACAAGACAGCAAAAUAUCUCCUGUCAAUUCAGAGAAGGUCGAACCUCGCCCCAAAAGAGUCGAUUACCAAGACAGCAUGGAUAAAUCCCUUUUACCCUUUCCAGGUGUUUCUCCAGGUGGGAAGCAGGACAUUUUUGCAGUAUAUGAUACCCCAGGACGAGAGCACAAUGGAACCUUCAGAUUAUUCAUUGUUAUUUUAAUUUUCUUUUGUUGUUGGGUACCAUAUAUAAUUGUCAGCAUAUCACAGUCUAUCACUAUCAAGAGUAAGCAGUGGGAUCUCCCUCCACAGAUUCAAACUAUAUCAGCCUGGUUAGCACUGUUAAAUUCAUCCAUUAAUCCACUUUUAUACGCUCUUUUGAGCAAAAGAUUCAGAAAAGCCCUUGUCAAUCUAAGGAAAAAGGCAUUAAUGAAAAUGAAUGUUCAGCAAGAUACAUCUCUGAUGGUGCGAUCAGGGAAAAUGAAGUCAAAUAUCAGAAGGGUUCAAUCACUUAAAUCCAGAUCUAAUGUGAACCAUUUUGAGAACAGGUUCCACCUUCGAUCUUUCUCUAUGUUUAGCAUUGCCUCGUUUGCUGAGACAGGUCACGAAGAUGAAGAUUACAUUCCUGUGAAAUUUCCUGGAUUGUCACCUUCCACCAUGUGGAGGACAAACGUACCUCCAGGUUCUUCUUGCUUUCAUAAUGACCAUCUCCUCCAGAAACCAAGCUGUCUUGUUAAUGAGUUCCUGGAGAUUCCUCAUUCUUUGCCCGGGGAACCUUUAAGCCCAUGCCAGCUUAAAGAAAAAGACCCCACAGAUUCUUCAAUAUUUAUAUUUGGAAAUAUAACCAUAAAGGUCAAUGAGAGUCAUUUUCCAAGUCCCGUAGAGUCUUGA